GACGUCAUCUGUCUAUGUAAUUAACAAAACAAUAUGGAUGUUCGUAAACAGUUUCUUCGAGUAAAGAAGAAGCGAAAAAGAACUGUGAUCACACCAGAAGAAAUGGAUACGUUGGAGACGGCCUUCAGGAAACUGCCGCGACCCGACCGGUUUGCAAAAAUCACCCUAGCGAAAGAGUUAGGAAAAACCGAAAACUUUGUUUCAAUUUGGUUCCAGAAUCGCCGAGCUCGCGAACGACGACUUUCACAGCCGACAAGCGAUAUUCAGGGUGUUUGCACACAAACAGACGGAACUGAGGCCGGCGGAAGUGAAUGGGUUGUGCACCAGAGUGAGCCACUCGACCUGUCAGACCGGGGACAAAGGGAGGCAGAGGUCACAUUGAGCCAGGCACAUAUCAGCCCCACCCAGGAGGCGUGGUUGUUUGGUCGCAUCAUCAGAAUGGCGGCGGCGGCGGAGGGCGGCAUCCUGCCAACUGACAGCCCGCACCUCGAGGAGGCCAUGAUGGAUGCGUGCAGGGGUAUCACCUUGAGAGACGGGCGCCUCCUAUACCACAAGGACACGGGAUUUCAGAUUGAUGGCCUUCAACAUUGAGUGUACUUGCGAUGUAAUCCUGAAAUACUUCUUGCUUUCUUGCAAGUUUUACUUUAUUUUGCUUUCGAGCACGUAUUACUAAUCAUGAUGCUAUUGAAUGCUAUUACAAUAUUUACGUCAUUCAUGAUUACUUAAAAGAAUGAGAAGAAUAGAUAUUUAUUCAAACCUGUUUUAGUUAAAAAAUAAAUGAUUUUUAAAUGUAUAUCUAAAUUGAUAUGUCAUAAGAUGCGAUUAAAUAUUUAAAAUAAAGAGUCACUGAAUGAU